AUGGAAAUAUCCAAUGCGAUGCUUCUUGUAGCAAUCGUUGCAGCGUAUUGGCUAUGGUUCAAGAGGAUAUCACGGUGGCUAAAGGGUCCACGUGUGUGGCCUGUAUUGGGCAGUCUCCCUGGUCUGAUAGAGCAGCGUGACAGGAUGCAUGAAUGGAUCACCGAGAACCUCCGUGCGUGCGGCGGAACAUACCAGACUUGUAUAUGUGCAGUGCCUUUCCUGGCAAGGAAGCAAGGUCUGGUGACUGUUACGUGUGACCCGAGGAAUCUUGAACACAUGCUCAAGACCCGGUUCGAUAAUUACCCUAAAGGUCCCACGUGGCAAUCCGUCUUCCACGACCUUCUUGGUCAAGGUAUUUUCAACUCCGACGGUGACACUUGGCUAUUCCAACGCAAAACCGCCGCUCUCGAAUUUACAACAAGAACGUUGCGGCAAGCCAUGGGUAGGUGGGUAAACCGAGGAAUUAAGCUCCGGUUCUGUCCAAUACUUGAAUCGGCCCAAGCCAAAGCUGAGCCGGUUGAUCUCCAGGACUUGAUACUCCGGCUCACAUUUGAUAACAUCUGCGGAUUGGCGUUCGGCAAGGACACAAAAACCUGCGCGCCGGGCCUUCCUGAGAACAGUUUUGCUACGGCCUUCGAUCGAGCCACCGAAGCAUCGCUUCAAAGGUUUAUAUUGCCGGAGUUUCUGUGGAAGCUGAAGAAAUGGCUUGGGCUGGGCCUAGAAGUCAGUCUGAGCCGAAGCUUGGAAGAAAUGGAUGGAUAUUUAGCGGAAGUCAUAAAUACACGUAAGCAGGAACUGAUGAGUCAGCAAGAAAAUGGACACGACGAUCUCCUCUCGCGUUUCAUGAUGAAGAAGAAAGAAGUAUACAGCGACACUUUCCUCCAACACGUGGUGCUUAACUUCAUCCUAGCUGGACGUGACACGUCAUCAGUCGCGCUGAGCUGGUUCUUCUGGCUCAUCACCAUGCAUCCGAGCGUCGAGGAUAAAAUCGUCCAAGAGAUCUGCUCCGUUCUAAUCGAGACACGUGGCGUCGAGAACGCCGCGUCUUGGACGGAUGAGCCGUUAGGUUUUGACGAGAUCGACAGACUGGUUUACCUGAAGGCGGCGCUUUCGGAGACGCUCAGGCUUUACCCGUCGGUGCCGGAAGACUCGAAGCACGUGGAGAACGACGACGUUUUACCUGACGGGACUUUCGUUCCGGCGGGAUCUUCGGUGAGUUACUCGAUAUACGCGGCGGGGAGGAUGAAGUCGACUUGGGGAGAAGAUUGUCUCGAGUUCAUCCCGGAGAGAUGGAUCUCUCCGGUCGACGGGAAAUUCAUAAACCACGAUCAGUACCGCUUCGUGGCAUUCAACGCAGGGCCAAGGAUCUGCCUGGGGAAAGAUCUGGCGUAUCUUCAGAUGAAGACGAUCGCGGCGGCGGUGCUUCUCCGUCACCGGAUCACGGUGGUUCCGGGACACAAAGUGGAGCAGAAGAUGUCGUUGACGCUGUUUAUGAAGAACGGACUUGUGGUUAAUCUGCGUAAGAGGGAUCUCGAAGGGAUUAUCAAGAGUCUAGUGGUGGCGAAGAGUGACGGUGUCGUCAACGGCAAAUGUGACGGCGUCGCAGUUUGAUGGAUGAUGGAACAUGAAAGUUACGAUGGAGCCGAUAACGUCUCUGAUGAUUUAUAAACACAUUUUUUUUUUUAAUUCCGAAGAAGAAACAAAAACAUGUUGGACUGAAAUACGAUUCAAUAUGCAUGAAACUGUAAGCAUAUAUAUAUACAUUUCAGUAGUAAUUUUAUGGUUUCUUUUGUUUAUGCGAAC